ACAUUUUAAGAAUAUUAAGGAGAGAUGUCGAACAAAACAUACAACGACUUAUUUUGUGAAACAUCUGAGCUAAUAGUCGAAGCAACACAGGCAGAUGAAGCGGUUUUCGAAGCUGGCAGCGCUGAAAGAUCAACUUUCGAGCCUUUGCUAUCUGAUCUACGAAUACGGUACACUGUGCUGUUGUCUAGACUGGAUGCGGUGUACGACCAACUUCUGCAGCCGCAAAAGCGCUUGAUUGUCAAACGACUACUUGAAGCGUGUUUGGGACGCCUUUUGGAAAUAAAACACGAUCUGGUCGAGCUUCAUUUAUCAGAUUUUACUUAUGACGACGAUGAGGUACUUGUCAAACUUGGAGUCACACCUCAUGAAGCAGAACCAAGCGUACCUCAAUAUUUUGUCAGAGAGAGAGAAGAUGAAGUGGAAAAGAAACGCGAUUUUAUAACUGAUACUCUGAGGAAGCUUGGAUAUGAACCUCCAAAACCACGGGCAUUAGUGCUAACUGAACAACAAGCUGUGAUCAUAAUACAAAGUCACGAGAGGGCUAGACAGGGACGACUUAGAGGACAGUUCAUGAAAGAGAUUCGUCUUUUAAAAGAAAAGGGUCGAGAUCAAAAGGGAGAAAUGUCAGCUGCAGCAGCAACAGCUAUUCAACGGGUUUGGAGAGGUUACUUAGCAAGAAGAGAUACUAAAAGGAGAAAACACGAAGAACAACUUCUGAUUGGAAUGAAGUUAGCACCUUAUACUGAAUCUGAGGAAAUAAAGAAAGCAGAAGAAGUAAAAGAGUUUCGUCGUAAAGUCCAAAAAGAAUAUGAACAGGAAUAUCAGGAAUCAUUAGAAAAAAUUGAGCAGCAACUUCGAGCUCAACAUGGUGUUAAAAUUAAUGAGCGCAUUGGAGAUGAACUGAGAAGAUGGAUUUCGGAAUAUUUUGAGAGGACUGGCAAGUUCCCCGACUUACCUUCAGAAGAUGGUGGUGGUAGCAGAGCUAUGUUUAGUAGACAAGGUACAGGCAUGGACAGUGAACUAAGUAAAUCUUCACCGGUAUCUUCAAAAGAUUCAAAGAAAAGCAAAGAGAGUAAGGAUAAGAAGAACAAUAAAGUAGAAGACAAUAAAAACAAAGACGAAGCAGAAGACUUAAAAUCUUUCAAAUGUUCAACAUCAGCAUUUUUAAAAGACUUUGUUAAUGCCAACGAGGAAUAUGAAGACAUAUGGAAAUAUAGAGAUGAUGAGGUUAAACACGAUGAAAAAUGUGACAAAGACAUGAUAGAAAGAGAGAAAAUGAUUAAAAUAGAACAAGAAAUCCGUAACAUCGUAGACGACAUGAUGAGAAGUGAGUUAGAACUUUUACAGGCAGCUUUGGAUAGAGAUAGAGCUCAUAAAGGGAAAAAGUCUAAAAAACCACAGAAGAAAGUUCGACGUGGAGGUAAAAAGGGCAAGAAAAAGAAGGAAAAAGAUUUAACUCCUGAUCGUACAACUGAAUCGCUUUUUGAAGAAUUAAUUACCAAUGGAAUCAUACGUCCAUAUCCUAUAGUAAAAAUUGAUGAUUUUAUUGGUGAGAAGAGCUUUGUAGCAUCUCAAUGGAAAAGUGAAGGUCGAGAUCCAGAGCCAUGUUUAGGUGAUAUACGUCAAUUGGUAAAGGAGUAUUGUAUACUUCCUCUUGGAUCUGAGCACGUAAGGACCAAUUCACCCCUUGUAAGAUCAGUACUUAUUUCUGGUCCAGCAGGCAGUGGAAAGAAAAUGUUAGUUCAAGCAAUUUGCAGUGAAACGGGAGCUACACUCUUCGAUUUAACUCCAGCAAAUUUAGUAGGCAAAUAUCCAGGAAAAUCUGGACUAAUAAUGCUUAUACAUCUUAUAAUGAAAGUAUCUAGACUUCUUCAACCGUCCGUAAUAUGGAUGAAUGAUGCUGAAAAGCCUUUUGUUAAGAAGAUACCGAAAACCGAUAAGACUGAUCCGAAAAGACUGAAGAAAGAUUUAGUGAAGAUAAUAAAAGGAAUUUGUCCAGAAGAUCGUGUUUUGUUCGUGGGUACGUCCAGAACACCUUGGGAAGCUGAACAAAAACUUCUUUUCCAAUGUUAUUCGAAACUGAUCCAAAUUCCAAGGGCAGAUUAUGGAAGUAUUUCUUUGAUGUGGCGUAUCAAAUUACAUAGAGCUGGCGCCUUAUCACCAAAAUUGGAAUUGUCAUGUCUGUCGAGAGUAUCCGAUUCUUACACAAUUGGUACUUUACUAGCAGCAUUGGAUGCAGUUUUAACAACAAAACGGAGACUUCAACUAAGAGUCCGAGCAUUUACUGCACAAGAAGUUGCUGUUCAGCUCAGCUCUUUUGAGCCAGUUUAUGUUGAACAUGAUAUGGCGGCCGAGUCAUGGUGGUCCAAGACACCAAUGGAGAGAAGAAGACAAAGAGUUAUGCAAAGACUAUUGGAGUUAGAGCAAGAGAACGAAGAGAGAGCUGCUGCGGGUAAAUAAGAGAAAGAGUCACUUAAGAAACUUGGCUGCAUUUUAAUUAACAUUAAGAUAUAAGAAGUAGAAAAAUAAUAAGAAAAGG